AGAGCCGAGCCGUAGCUGCCAGACCUGCAUCCGGUAGUGUGCACACACGCGGACGGACUGUAAACAGGGUUUUCUAGACUGUGUGUCUGCAGGCCCUGACCAUCUUUUGUCUCCUCACUCCAGACCCAAAGCCUUCCACGACCAGUGAUUACGUAACAAAGUUCUGUGAUAUUUUAACUGUGAUUGUCGUCAUGGCGCCGGUGCCAGAGGAGUGCCUCGCGAUGGUGCCACCGCAAGAGCAAGCCCCGCCGAUGUCGCCGUUGGAGCUGACGGCGUUGCCCGAGGCGAACGAGGUCGCCGAGCCCGUGGAGGCGCCGGCCGAGCUGCCUCCGUCAGGCCGCAUCCACACGCGCCUCCCGCCGCAGGUGAGCCUCCCGCCGGAGCUGGCCGCCAAGCUGGAGCGCCAGGACUCGUGCGAGAGCGUGGGCAGUCUGGAGGAAGAGGGCAUCCAGGCCGACGAAGCCAACCUGGAGGGCCCCGACGCGUCGGAGCUGGAGCCGCGGUCGGAGCGGUCGGCCAGCGUGGUGUCGGACGGCAGCGAGGAGGGCGGACGCGACUCGGGCAUCGAGGCGGAGCGCGAGCCCGACAUGGUGGUGCCCGAUGACGACCUGAUGGCGCGCAUCGUGGCGCAGGUCGAGUUCUACUUCAGCGACGCCAGCGUGUCCAAGGACAAGUUCCUGCUCAAGCACAUCCGCCGCAACAAGGAGGGCUACGUGUCCCUCAAGCUGGUGUCGUCCUUCAAGAAGGUGAAGCAGCUGACGAAGGACUGGCGCGUGGUCGCCCACUCGCUCGCCAAGCUGUCAGCCAGGAUCCAGAUCAACGACGCCGGCUCCAAGAUCCGCCGCACGGAGCCGCUGCCCGACUUCGAGGAAGUGCCCGCCACGUGCGCCGUGCUGGCCGUCGGCCUGCUGCUCGACAAGCCCAGCAUCCAGUCCGUGUCCGAGCUGUUCGGAGCCUGCGGCGACAUCGCCUUCAUCCGCGUGCUGCGCGCCGGCACCGCCGUGCCGCAGGACCUGAAGGCGCUGUCGGCGAAGCACCCACAGCUGGGCGAGGCCAACUGUGCGUGGGUGGAGUUCGAGGCGCCCGAGGCCGCCAAGGCCGCCCUGGAGCUCAGCAACGAGGACGGCAUGAAGGUGGUGCCCAUCCUGCCCGAGGCCAAGAAGAAGGAGGAGAAGCAGCCGGCGCCGCAGAAGGGCUCGCAGCCCAACAGCCGCAAGAACAGCACGGCCGGCAGCCAGCAGUCCAAGGGGCCCGCGAGCCGCAAGAACAGCAUCGUGCAGAGCAAAGGCCGCAAGAACAGCACCAGCGGCAGCGGCUCGGAUGCGGAGCCGGCACAGCACAUGCGGCAGCCGCGCCGCAAGUGCGUGUCUCUGCCGCAGACGCAGAGUCCCAACCUGCGCGAACUGUCGGCGGUGGUGGAGGCGCGCAGGAAUCGCCCGAAGAGCAAGUCCUGCACAGAGUUCCCGACGGGGUCGCCGCCCAUGUCCUGGGUUCAGCGCCACCUCCUCGCCGCCGCCGCCGCCUCCGCCGCCUCCGCAGCCGCGCCCGUCGGCAGCGCCCGCCCGGCCUCCUUCGUUCGCCCCGAGCGCGUGUCCCAAGGCUCACUGCCCCUUCCCGAGGGCGUGCUCCGCUUCCCGAAGGGCCCCGACGGCUCCCGGGGCUUCGCCAGACGCCGCGCCAGCAUCGUGGAGGAAAGCAGCUAAUCUCCGUGCUCUCACCUGGGCAUUGUCUUGUGAUGGGGGCCGCGCCCCCCCUCCCCCCUCGGCCGGACGCCAAGGCCCGGCCGAGGGU